GGAAAGGGAAAGGGAACCGUUGUUGGUCAAGUACAGUGACAGCGUGCGGGAGUCCAUCGAAUGCUUCUAUUCCGCUCAGGAUCUGCUCGAGUAUGGUCACAUGUUGUCCUCGUCUGCUUCAGCGGAGCAACAGCGCACUCCCGAUGUCGAGUCCGGGUACUUUGACAAAUCCGAGAGCGAUGAUGUGUCGCGUGAUGAAUUCGAAGCCAUCUCCUCGGGUAGCUUGCGGCGUCCGAAGGACACGCAGUUGGGUGCCUUGGGAGGCACAGCGAUCGAGAGCAGCUCGGAGAGUUUGCGCAUGGAGUUGAGUCGCUUUUGCAGCUCCAUGGAGGCUUUUGAGCGGCAGCAACUUGAGGCAGAGCCACAGUCAAUGGACUUUAAUACGCAAGGGGAACAGUUGGAGGAGCAUCACGGGAAUAGAGCGGGCCACAGGGAGAAGAAGUUGGAGCAGGAGCAGGAGGAGGGGACAGCGGAUGAACAGUUCCUCGAUACACAAAGUGAGCCAUAUAUUAUGCAGGUGUAUCGUCUAGAAGCUCAUCGAGCUCUUGAGCUGCUCGAAGACUAUCAUGCACGUCUGUCGGAGCCACAAGAUCGUGCCCUGCGUAUAGCAAUCGAAAGAGUCAUCCGCAUCUUCAAGUCCCGCCUCUUUCAGGCUCUGCUUGAUAUACAAGAAUUCUAUGAAUUGACAUUAUUGGAUGACUCGAAAAGCAUACAACAAAAGACCGCCGAAACUUUGCAAAUUGCAACCAAAUGGGAGAAGGAUGGACAGGCCACUAAGAUAGCCGAUUUUAUAAAAACUUCCAAUCUUAAUCGCAAUUGCGCCUAUGAGUUUAACAACGAUGCCACAAAUCCCAAUCCAAGUUCAAAUCUUAAUCAAAACGUCAACGCGGCCGCGCAUGCCGAAGCCUUAAGCAGAACAUUUAAAAAUGAAUUGGAAGAGAUUUUGAAUCAACGCAUGCGCAUUGAGACCGACUGUGAGAAUGCCAAAGAUGCCGCAGCCGAUGAUGCGGCAAUCCAACAAUUGCGCAACGCGCGUCCACCGCCACAGCAUCAGCAACAGCAGCAACAAGUGGUUCAACAGUUGCAGCAACAACAACAACAACAGCAGCAGCAGCAACAACAUCUUACGCAAUCACAGUCCGCGACAACCAGAAGCGGGACUCAGAUACUUCACAAGGCAUCCUCAACGAAGGUGAAUGGCGACGAUAGCUGGUAUUAUGAGGACAUUCAGCUGGAGCGUGGCAACUCUGGCCUGGGCUUCUCGAUCGCCGGCGGCACCGACAAUCCGCACAUUGGCACCGACACAUCCAUCUACAUUACGAAACUGAUACCGGGCGGAGCCGCUGCCGCCGAUGGUCGAUUGAGCAUCAACGAUAUCAUAGUCUCGGUGAACGAUGUGUCCGUUGUGGAUGUGCCGCAUGCAUCCGCUGUGGAUGCCCUCAAGAAAGCUGGCAACAUUGUCAAGUUGCAUGUGAAGCGAAAACGUGCCGCAAGCGCCACACCAAAUGCUGCUGGCAACGAUGUACACGACAGCGUCACAACGCCAGCAUCAGCAACAGCUUCAGCUUCAGCAGCAGGGGCAGCAACAACAGCCGCAGCAGCAGCAGCUGCGUCGGGGCCAAAGGUGAUUGAAAUUGAUUUGGUGAAGGGCGGCAAAGGUCUCGGCUUCUCGAUUGCCGGUGGCAUUGGCAAUCAGCAUAUACCUGGCGACAAUGGCAUCUACGUGACCAAAUUGAUGGACGGCGGCGCUGCUCAAGUGGACGGACGUCUCUCCAUCGGUGACAAGUUGAUUGCGGUGCGCACUAAUGGGAGUGAAAAGAAUCUGGAGAAUGUCACGCAUGAACUGGCUGUGGGCACGCUCAAGUCCAUCACCGACAAGGUGACACUGAUUGUGGGCAAGACGCAGCAUUUAACCAGCAGUGCAUCACAAUCGGGUGGCGGCGGAGGUGUUGGAAUCGCAGCCAGCCUAAGCGGCAGCAGCCAAUUGGGACAGGCGCAUUCGCAGUCGCAAUCACAAUUGUCGACAACGGCACGACAGCAGCAACAGCAGCAGCAGGAAUCCACAGGUGCGCCAUCAACAACAACAGCAACAACAACAGCUAACAAUGUAGUAGGAACAGCAGUCUCAGCAUCAGCAUCAGUCACUGACUCAGUCACAGCUAACAUAACAGCUAGCAAUUCCAAUUCCAAUACCAAUAGCAAUAUCAAUAUCAAUACCACAACCAAUUCCACUUCCAUUUCCAACAACACCUUCACCACCAACAUAACAACAGCCUCAAACAACAGCAAGAACAAGAACAAGAACAUGAAUCUCAACAACAACAACAUUAACAACAACAAUAAGAGCAACAGCAGCAGCAGUAACAACAACAACAGCAGUAACAGCAGCAGCAACAACAUCAGCAGCAGCAGCAGCAAUAAUCACAACAGCAAUUUAGCUGCAACUGCAACACAACAACAAGCAACACAGCAACAAGCAGCAUCCGCUUCAGCCCCAGCCUCAGCCUCAGCUUCUGUUGUCUCCGCUCAUAAUAAUGCUAAGCUUGCAAUGCCAAGCGUCGAGUUCAACCGUUCCCAAUCACCCUUGCCAAGGCAGCCCGGCUCAAGAUAUGCAUCGACGAAUGUCCUGGCGGCCGUGCCACCGGGCACACCUCGUGCAGUGAGCACAGAGGACAUCACUAGGGAACCACGCACGAUCACCAUACAGAAAGGACCUCAGGGUCUGGGCUUCAAUAUCGUUGGCGGCGAGGAUGGUCAGGGCAUCUAUGUAUCGUUCAUUUUGACCGGCGGUCCCGCUGAUCUUGGCUCUGAACUGAAGCGCGGCGAUCAACUGUUGAGCGUCAACAAUGUCAACUUGACGCAUGCCACGCACGAGGAAGCAGCCCAGGCAUUGAAAACAUCUGGCGGCGUGGUCACAUUGGUUGCACAGUAUCGACCCGAGGACUACAAUCGCUUCGAGGCGCGCAUUCAGGAGCUGAAGCAACAGGCAGCGCUUAGCGCUGGCGGCUCUGGCACGUUGCUGCGCACCACACAGAAGCGAUCGCUGUAUGUGCGCGCUCUGUUCGAUUACGAUCCGAAUCGCGACGAUGGGCUGCCGUCGCGUGGCCUGCCCUUCAAGCAUGGCGACAUUCUGCAUGUGACCAACGCGUCCGAUGACGAGUGGUGGCAGGCACGACGUGUCCUCGGCGAUAAUGAGGACGAACAAAUUGGUAUUGUGCCAUCGAAGCGGCGCUGGGAGCGCAAAAUGCGUGCACGUGAUCGCAGCGUCAAGUUCCAGGGACAUGCGGCGGCAAACAAUAAUCUAGAUAAGCAAUCAACUUUGGAUCGCAAGAAGAAGAAUUUUACAUUCUCACGCAAGUUUCCAUUUAUGAAGAGUCGCGAUGAGAAGAACGAAGAUGGCAGUGACCAAGAGCCGAAUGGAUUUGUAAACAGCAACAGUGAAAUCGAUGUUAACAAUGUUAACAACAAUCAAGCGAAUGAACCGCAGCCUUUUAUGCUUUGCUACACACAAGACGAUGCCAACGCUGAAGGAGCUUCUGAGGAGAACGUGCUGUCCUAUGAGGCCGUGCAGCGUUUGUCCAUCAACUACACACGUCCCGUCAUCAUAUUGGGACCCCUGAAGGAUCGCAUUAACGAUGAUUUAAUAUCUGAAUACCCCGAUAAGUUCGGCUCCUGUGUGCCACAUACUACGAGACCGAAACGCGAAUAUGAGGUCGAUGGACGGGACUAUCAUUUUGUGUCGUCGCGCGAACAGAUGGAGCGUGAUAUACAGAAUCAUUUGUUCAUCGAGGCUGGCCAAUACAAUGACAAUUUGUAUGGCACAUCGGUGGCCAGUGUGCGCGAAGUUGCCGAGCGUGGCAAGCACUGCAUACUGGAUGUAUCGGGCAAUGCAAUUAAGCGUCUCCAAGUGGCGCAACUCUAUCCCGUUGCCGUCUUCAUCAAGCCCAAGUCCGUGGACUCAGUCAUGGAAAUGAAUCGUCGCAUGACCGAGGAGCAGGCAAAGAAGACAUACGAGCGUGCUAUUAAAAUGGAGCAAGAAUUUGGCGAAUACUUCACGGGCGUUGUACAAGGCGAUACGAUUGAGGAAAUCUAUAGCAAAGUGAAGUCAAUGAUUUGGUCGCAGUCGGGACCAACCAUUUGGGUACCAUCGAAGGAAUCUCUAUGACCAACAGCCACAACAACAUGGACACUGCCGCCUCGAGUACGUUGUCGACCUGUCUCGAGAACAACCAACACACAAGCAACAACAUCAUCAACAAAUCAGUCGCACUGAUGCACCACAGCAACAACAACAGCAGCUGAAAGAAAAACAACCACGACGAUGACGACAACAAUAACAACCGCAACAACAACAACCAAUUUAAAGAAACCAAAAGCAACAAGAACAAACCAGAACAACAGCAACCAACUAGAUGUUGUUAAUGAUUAGAUGGUUAUAUAUUAUAUAUAUAAAUACUAUAUAUACAUAUAUAUAGUUAAGAAUCCAUAUUUAGAAUUUCCUCUCCCCCCCCCAAAACUUGAAGAAGGAUUCUAGAUUCUUACAGUUUGUCUCUGGUUUGUCGCUUGUUGUGUGGACAAAGCUGUUUUUGAACUGCAGCGGCGGCUGUUUAGUUUUAGUUAGAACAAAAUUGAUAUACAAACAAAAACAAAAACAACAAAAAAAGAAGAAAACACAAAAAAAAAACACUGAUUGCAUAUUACUACAUAAGAUCUAAGGCAGAAAAUCGAAUGCAGAAUGCGAGUCAAGGAAGAGGAGAAGGAGAAGGAUGGAGGAAGGAGGAGGAGAACGUUAGUGUUGUUUGUUUAUGUUGAUGUUAAUACGAGAGUUAUAGCGAGAAGUUAGAGUUAUGUUGACGCUAAUAAUGAUAAUGAUCGCAUAUUAUUAUUAUUAUUAUGUUAGGAUACAUGUAUAUGUAAAAGUCUUUAAGUGCGACUAGCGUCAAAUAUACAUAUACUACGUUAAUGAUAGCAAUUGAAAGUUGACACACGAUGACGAAGAAGAAGAAAAAGAAGAAGACGAAGAUGAAGUUGAAAAUGAAGACGACGACGACGACGACGAUAAGUUGGUGCAUUUGUUGUUAGAUGUAUUGUAUUUUUUCCCCCACGCGCGCGCCUUUGCCUAAUGCAACACACACACACACAAAUCGACAUGAAUAUGUACACACAUACACACAGACCCAACUCCCAUGUAGCCUAUAACUAACAGUAAAAGCGUCAGCAACGAGCAAAAGAAAUAAGAAACACAGAGAUGGGGAAAAACAAUAAGAAGAAGAAGAAGAAAAACGUUCUUUCAAUGCAAAAAGUCAUUUUACUACUUAACAAGAUUGUGGAAGAAGAAGCGUCGUGAAGAAAAAACAAAAGAAAACAUAACAAAUAAAAAGAAAAUACAUACACACACACACACACACACACACACAUACAUAAGCAUAUUACGAUCAAUACAACAUAUACAUAUAUAGUAUAUAUACACACACACCGAUACGGUUUAAUUUUACAAAGAGAAUAUGCAACAACAACAACAAAAAGAAGAAAAAAAAAACAAAACUCAAAUGCCCCCAACAGAAGGUAUUUACAAUUUUUUUUAUAUAAUAUAUAUACAUAUAUAUAUCGACAGCAAACAAUUAGCUAAUGUUCAACAAAAAACAAAAAAAAAAAAAACAAAGAAAAAUAAAAAAAGCAAAAACAAAACGAAAACGAAAACAAAUUCAUGAAUUGUAGACAACGCACAUAACUGCUAACUAUACUUUAUUAUUAUUAUUUUUUUUAUUCCUCCAACUCUUUUUGUUCUAAAGAAAUUUAGUAAAAUUCAAAGUUUAUUAAUAUUAUUCUACUUUAUAUACAUACAUAUAAAUAUACUAUAUAUUUUUUUUUAUUUGUUUUUUUCGUUUUGUGUGCCCAUUAAAUAUAUAUUAUUUUGUCUCAGUCCUUUAAUUUGUAAUAUGAAUAUAUACUACUUAUAAAUACACACAUACUAUUUUGUAAAUUAUGAACUCUCUUUGAACCCCCCGCCCCCGCCCCGCCCCGACCCGCGCUUAUAAACAUUAUAAAGCAUUGAGAAAACAGUAUAAAUUGUAUUGUGUGCAAACAAUUGAUGAGAACAAUUGAACAAUUGUUGCAUGCAAAAUUCAUUUCUUUCACAUUGUUGUAUUUAAUAAACACAAAAACCUAAGCGAAUUAUAUUAAUUUAAAUCUAAACAAAAGAAAAAGCAGUAAAUGUAAUAAAAAUAAACAAACAAAACAAAAAAAAGAAGAAAAAAGAAAACAAAAAAAAAACAAAAACAUAUAUUUCAUCAAAAUGCGUAAACACUUUUUACUCUCGAUUCUCUUCUCACUUAUAUAAAUAUAUAUGAUAGACACGCCUUUAAAAAGGAUAAUGUUUAACUGCGAAACAAAAAAGAAAACUUAAAGAAAUGAAAAGAUAGGAAAAAAAUUGCAAAUAAUUUUGUAAAUUCAAAUGUGUGUUCACCAUUUACCACAACAACAACAACAAAAGAUGUCCCAUAUAAGAAAUGUGUGUUUUUUUUUUUUAUAAAUAUAUAUACGAGUAUUAUAAUAGAGAGUGUAUCGAAAGAGCCACGACUGCGAAAAUUGGGUAUGCAAAAGGGCGAUAUAAUAGGUAUAUAUUAUAUAGUUAAUAUAUGUAUAGUAGAAAAAGUCUCUUAUGUGAUGAAGAUGACGAUGAAGCAGAUGAUGAUGAUGACGAUGAUAAACCUGAGCCCAUUUUUGAAUCCAAAUAACGAUCGUAUCGUAUAUGGAACUUAUGAUAUUGUAUUAAGCUGGUCGUCGUUAAUUACAUUUUUUUUUUUUUAGGUUGUUUUUUUUUGUAUAGAUAAGUAUACGUUCACCCAUAAGACCUUAAACUGCCCAUUGUCCAGUUCAUGCUAGCGACAGUUUUCCAUUCUAGUAUUUACCCCACACUUGCAAGAUGGGGAGUUUUAUCUAUCUAGCUAUAUAUACUAUAUAUACAUCAAAGAAAAAAAGAAACCUACAUACUAGUACUAGUAGCCAAAUCGCUUUCAUCUACUGCCCAUAGUUUCGAUCAAAUAAAAAAACAAAUAUAUAUAUACGUAUAUAUCGAUAUAUAUAUAUUCCGCCUUGCGCCAUUGCAUUAUCUUAUUAGUGAAGUACCUCACGCCUCUGUGUAAACAAAAUCAAACGGAAAGCAAUUUAAAGUACAUAACAAAAAAGAAAAAAAAUGAAAAUGAAAAUGAAGAAAUUUAAACAUUAUUGAAUAGAGCAAAAACUUGGAGAGUGGAGGACGAUGUUCAAAUAGCAAAUAGAUGAUAAUAAAUAUGAGAAAAUACGUGAAAAAAUGGAAAAAUUUAUUAAUUUACUAACUAAUGUAUCAUUUAUAAAACUAACUACACACUAUAUAGUAUAUAUAUAUAGUACUAACUUAUAUACAUAGAACAUCACAGUGCAGUUCAUUUUGGAUUUGAGAAUUCCAUAAAGUAAAAGGUAAACUGUUCCAAAGCCUUAAAUGCAAUUAAUUAAAGCAUUUACGAGUAUAUUCAUAACUUACACACACACAUUCACACACACACAUGCUUAACCAUCCGAAGACCUAUUUGUAAUAACAAAAGAAACCGAAAAAAAAUGAAAAGAAAAGAAAAAAUAAAAACUAAAGACAA